UAACGUAUGCCACCUCUGGCGUACUAGUGUAUUCGAUAACUUAUGUGCUUAAUCGACAUCGAGAUAUACAAAUUGUAUACUUCCUCCCCAAAAAGAAAACAUCCUGGAAAAAUGCGACGCCGCGAACUGCAGACCAUCCAGCUGAAGCUGUCCGAUCUCAAGGAGUACGAGCAGGCAAAGAUGGAGCGCUUGAGGAGCCGCCAACAGUUGUUAACUCCCCGUACGCCCACGCCCCCUUCCGACAGCGAGGUCCUGCCAGCAACCUCCAGUAGCGUUCCAGCUGUUCUCCUGGCCAGCGGUAAGAACCUGGACGAUGACGCCGAGAAGUCGGAGCCCACAACCAAGCCCAGCACAUCCUCCACCUAGGAUCUAUCCUUGAUGAAGCAAGGGGACUUCAACACUUUAAUCGUCACUACCUCAAUGGACGAAGCACGUAGUUUUUAAAAUCAUAUUUUUUAGUGUAUACCGUAAAAAUAACUUAAGCGUUUCGCGCAAUGCACGCGAAAUUGGAAUUGAUCGUGGGAGUU